AUGUUUUUUGCACAGACGCAGAGGGAGCACUGCUGGAAGAGCCCCAAGUACCGCUUCACGCAGCAGCAGCGCGAGGCGUGGGAGGCGUUGAUCGAGCAGGCAGAGAGAGACGUAGGCGGGGCAGAGAUGGAGAUAGCGGACGAGGACCAGGACGAGGACGGGGAGGAAGAGGAGGACGAGAUGAUGAUCGAUAAGCUUAACGACGAGCAGGACCCGUCUGAACGCAACAAUGAGCCUAAGCACGCGAAGCUGAGGCCGAUUAAAAAAGCGUGCUUGGACUUUUGCAUUGUGUUGCUUAAACAGACUAUCUGCCGCAAGGAGUACAAUUGCGCGAUGGUGUGCGCGUUAGCCGUGCUCGGCGUUAAGGAAGACGGCUGGAAGGGCCCUGAGCUGUACCCGCCAAUCUUGUUAUCCGUAAUCAAAAUCACCUGUUUCAUGGUCGUGCAGCACGCACUAGAGCUGUCUGAGCCGUUUAAAGAGCAGGCGUUCGACAACAAUAGCGCGUACAGGGGGAGCGACAGCGGCAGUAGCCCCCCUAGUCAGCGUUAA